AUUAGCCAGAACGCAGUUUUCAGUCUUGGUUCAGGACCUUCUCAGCAAGUCUUUAACUUUUCUUUGUUUUCAACCCACAGGUCUGAUAAUGACUGUGAGUAAACCCUGUUAUUUUGGAAACCUCCUUCUGGGAAUUGUAGGUGUGGACGUCAACCUGGCUUACAUCCUUGAAGAUGUGACCUAUUACCAAGACUCUUUGGCUUCUUAUACUUUUCUCAUAGAUGACAAAGGGUAUACACUUAUGCAUCCGUCUCUCACCAGGCCAUACUUACUACUAGAACCCCCUCUCCAUACUGACAUCAUUCAUUAUGAAAAUAUUCCCAAAUUUGAAUUGGUACGGCAAAAUGUCCUGAGCCUCCCUCUGGGCAGCCAGAUUAUCGCAGUCCCAGUGAACUCCUCCCUGUCUUGGCACAUCAACAAGCUGCGGGAGACUGGAAAGGAGGCCUACAAUGUUAGCUAUGCCUGGAAAAAGGUACAAGAUACUUCCUUUAUUCUCUGUAUUGUGGUGAUCCAACCAGAAAUACCUGUCAAACAACUGAAGAAUCUCAACACUGUCCCCAGCAGCAAGGUGUUAUACCACCGACUAGACCUUCUGGGCCAGCCUAGCGCUUGCCUCCACUUCAAGCAGCUGGCAACCCUAGAAAGUCCAACUGUCAUGCUCUCUGCUGGCAGCUUCUCCUCACCCUAUGAACACCUCAGCCAGCCAGAGACAAAGCGCAUGGUGGAGCACUACACAGCUUAUCUCAGUGACAACACUCGCCUCAUUGCUAACCCAGGACUCAAAUUCUCUGUCAGAAAUGAAGUAAUGGCUACCAGCCACGUCACAGAUGAAUGGAUGACACAAAUGGAAAUGAGUAGCCUGAACACUUACAUUGUCCGCCGUUACAUAGCAACGCCCAAUGGCGUCCUCAGAAUUUAUCCUGGUUCUCUCAUGGACAAAGCAUUUGAUCCCACAAGGAGACAAUGGUAUCUCCACGCAGUCGCUAAUCCAGGACUGAUUUCUCUGACUGGCCCUUACUUAGAUGUCGGAGGGGCUGGGUACGUCGUGACCAUUAGCCAUACUGUUCAUUCAUCCAGUACACAGUUAUCUUCUGGACAUACUGUGGCGGUGAUGGGCAUUGACUUCACACUUAGAUAUUUCUACAAGGUUCUCAUGGAUCUGCUACCAGUUUGUAACCAAGAUGGCGGCAACAAAAUAAGGUGCUUCAUAAUGGAAGACAGGGGUUACCUGGUGGCACAUCCGACCCUCAUUGACCCCAAGGGACAUGCCCCUGUGGAGCAGCAACACAUCACCCACAAGGAGCCCCUGGUAGCAAAUGAUAUUCUGAACCACCCCAACUUUGUGAGGAAAAACCUGUGCAACAGCUUCAGUGACAGGACCGUCCAGAGGUUCUAUAAAUUCAACACCAGUCUUGUGGGGGAUUUGACCAACCUUGUCCACGGCAGCCACUGCUCUAAAUACAGACUGGCAAGGAUUCCAGGAACCAAUGCAUUUGUGGGCAUUGUCAAUGAAACGUGUGAUUCUCUUGCUUUCUGCGCUUGUAGCAUGGUGGACCGGCUCUGUCUCAACUGUCACCGAAUGGAGCAAAAUGAGUGUGAAUGCCCCUGUGAGUGCCCGUUGGAGGUCAACGAAUGCACUGGUAAUCUCACCAAUGCAGAGAACCGAAACCCAAGUUGUGAGGUGCAUCAGGAGCCCGUGACGUACACAGCUAUUGAUCCCAGCCUCCAGGACGUCCUGCACCAGUGUGUCAACAGCAGGUGCAGUCAGAGGAUGGAAAGUGGGGACUGUUUUGGUGUGCUGGACUGCGAGUGGUGCAUGGUAGACAGCGAUGGCAAGACUCACCUGGACAAAUCCUACUGUGCUCCCCAGAAAGAAUGCUUUGGGGGAAUCGUGGGAGCCAAAAGUCCCUACGUUGAUGAUGUGGGAGCCAUCGGCGAUGAGGUCGUCACCUUGAACAUGAUUAAAAGUGCUCCGGUUGGCCCUGUGGCUGGAGGCAUCAUGGGAGGCAUCAUGGUCCUGGUCCUCGCCGUGUAUGCCUACCGCCACCAGAUUCAUCGCCGCAGUCACCAGCAUAUGUCUCCUCUGGCGGCCCAAGAAAUGUCAGUGCGUAUGUCCAACCUGGAGAAUGACAGAGAUGAAAGAGACGAGGACAGUCACGAAGACAGAGGCAUCAUCAGCAACACGCGAUUCAUCGCUGCGGUCAUUGAGCGCCACGCACACAGCCCGGAACGGAGACGCCGCUACUGGGGCCGGUCCGGGACCGAGAGCGACCACGGUUACAGCACCAUGAGCCCUCAGGAAGACAGUGAGAAUCCUCCGUGCAACAAUGACCCCUUGUCAGCAGGAGUCGACGUAGGGAACCACAAUGAGGACUUAGACCUGGACACCCCACCUCAGACGGCUGCCCUCCUCAGUCACAAGUUCCACCACUAUCGCUUGCACCACCCCACACUCCAUCACAGCCACCACCUGCAGGCAGCGGUAACUGUACACACUGUGGAUGCAGAGUGCUAACGAGACCCUCGCCUCCAGAAGACUGCGUCUGCCUGACGCAGAGCGGCGCAAGCAGGAAACAAGCCAGCCGACCACGCCACAGCCCAAACACCUUGCGCUUUCUUUGUCCAGAGUGACGUCAGUCACUUCCUGCCUGGGAACGUGUUUCAGACCCAGAACAAUACCACUCAGAUCCCAUCUGUGGAAAAACACCAGGGUGCUUAUGAAAUGGUGGAGAAAGAAGCCCACUUAAUGAACCUGCCAUCAAAUGAAGGGAAUGAUGGAACGGAAGGAAAGAAAAAAAACCUCCUGACCUAGAGGCAACACUUAAAAAUGAAGCAGUGGGAGCUGAGCCAGAGGGAUGUUGCGAGGAGUCUGACACACUGGCUCUCCUAACUGGAAGAGAGGGAGAAAUCUACUCAGCCAGAAACUGGGCAUGUAGCAUCUUCCAGAAAACAGUGUGGAUUUCCUCCUGGUUUCUGAGCGGUACCUCGAUACCAUUGUUGCUGUCUGGAACUCAUACUAAGCUCUAAAUAAUGCAUCUCAAAAUUUCUUAAUGAAAGGAUUAUUUUUCUACUAUUUAUUGAACUUUACAGUGUUCUCAUACUCUGGGGGAAAGGCGAUUACGCAUGGAUGUUCUGUGUGUCCUGAAGUGCUUCUUUGAUUAAGGAAUUCUGUUGCUAUUUAUCUGCUCUCAUCCCACUGCACUACACCUUCUCCACGAAAUGGGAAAAAUGAAGAAAUCUUUCUCUCUGACUUGUUUACAUUCAUUUUGUUUAGGAUAUCAUUUCAUGGAAACAAGUCUUUGUGUGUAAUGCAGUAUUCUUUCUCUGUUUGACAGAGACGGGGAGGCCCAGAGAGAAGUCUAGGGAGUUACUAGUGAGAGUUUGGUUUCUUUUUUCAACUCAUUUUCAUUCCCCAGAUAAUUCUUUCCUUAGGUUUCUACGAAAGCUAAUAUCACAGCCCCUAGCCUUUCAAACAAGGGAGCCCUGGGUUUACUUGCCCUGGUUUAGAGACUUCAAAUUUUCAAAUGUCCCAUUUUGAUUCUGACAACAUUGAACACUUGAAGUCUUUAAAAUUGGAGACUGAUUCUUAACAGAUUUCUUUUGAAAUCUUUGAUAAAAAGCUGCUGCCGGUUAUCCAAGAAGUUACCUACCAAACUGCUUUGUGAUGAUGUCUCCAGAAAUGACUCAGCUCUGACUAGUGUAAUAUGGGGCAUUAUAAUUUUAAAAUAGCAUUCUGAUUGCAGUGAUGUAUUUUAGAUUCACACUUUGUGAUUCAGCUAUGUUAUAAAGACACUCUUGCACCAUGUGUGUCGCAAAUCUCCACUUAUACGAGGUUGGAACAACAAAUCACUGAAUAAUGUUUAAUGAUAGGUUAUUACAAUAUAAUAUUUUUAAAGAAUUGGUUCUUCAGCAGUACAGGAAUUAAAUUAUGCGCUAUCAGGAAACCCCUUCCAACUGUAUAAAGUUGCAGUCCAAUGACUGAAUAAACUGUAUUAAUGGACAGUGUUCAUGGUUAGAGUGAUUUGUUAAUGCAUCACUUGGUGCCCCAAAAGGAAUUCCAUUCACUUUUGUAACCUUGCAGGUCAGUUGCCAUACUGGAAGUAAAGCCUCCUUUCAAUGUGGCUGUGGACUUCAAAGCUUUCUUGAUCAUCUUGAAUAUGCAAAGAAUUUUGGGGAAUAUAAUAGAAUAAAAAAUGUAAAGCAAACAUGAAAAAAUGUAGAAUAUAAUUCUCCUUCCUGCACAUCUAAAGUAAUGUCAUUAAUAAUAAAUGGUUAAUUUAAUCAA